CGAGCCGGUCGUGUUCCGUCCGCGUGUUUUUUCUUCUGAUGCUUUUUAUUAGUAAGUUCGCGGUAAUUUUUGUUUUUGGUGAAGUUGAUACUGUCCGUACUAUCCCGGUGAUGAGUUUUCGUAACGAACAGACGAUCGUAUGAGAAGGUAUUCCAAGAAUUCAGUGUUUUGUGUUACAGUAUUGUGCUUGGACUAGGAUUUGAUGUCACCUAUCUAUGAACUACGAGUACAUCGGCAUGGCGUAUGAAUAGAAAUACAUUACAAAAUGGCGUCGAGCACAGAUAAAACAAAUCGAAAAUGUGAAAUCGAGAGAUUACCGAGCUUAAAAGAUAUUAAUAAUACAGAGAAAGGUACUGAUCAUAAAAUAGGUUUGAAUUUUAACUGGUACAAGAUGAGGAGACCACAUUUGUUAUACAAUAGCUGUGGGUACAGAGAGGAACAGUUCAGGAGGUUGAAGAAGGAGUACGGCUUCUAUAGUUACUGUAUGUUGAGUGUCGGACUUAGCUUCGUCCUGGGGCUGGUGAUUGGAGCAGCUAUAGUCGGCUCCCCGGCGACGUCUCCUAAUUUCAUUCAGAGAAAAUUAGAAAGAAUCAACUCGUCUAAAGUAAGAGUUCCUCACGAGAGAUUGAACUCUUUGAAACUAACAGGUAACUCUGAUGAGCAAAUAAAGAAAGAAAGGGAUGGUGAUAGAUUCUCGGCUGUGUCCUUCGUGGGAUCAGACGAUCCCCGUAAAUAUAAAGUUGAUGUGUAUCCAAAAGGUUUAACCGAUGAUAUGAGAGAGAUCCUGAAAGACACGAAGGCCAGCGACCACAAACAUUCCCUACCAGAAGUUGUCAACGGAAUGGUUCAUGUCCCUAACGAUAAUACUGUCCUGUAUAAUAAUAUUUAUUGGGGUCCAGCGGUUGAGAACUCCAUGCCUCAAGGAUAUGGAGAGAAUUCAGCUGAGAUUUGGGAAAAAUACGUGGAUCAGAGCGAGGUUAUCAAAAUGGAAGCUGGUUGUGGCAGGAUGCAGAACAGGUUAAUAACAUUCCAGGACGGAAUUCAAGCUUGCGUUCGUUACAGACAGAACACGGAUCAGAUCCAGGGGGAGAUCUUCAGUUUCUACGUCGCCAGGCUAUUGAAUCUGACCAAUCUGGCGCCCUCCGUGGUCAAAGUUGUGGACUUGAAGGAUAAACUGUGGCAGAACGUUGCCAACAACAUCGCAACCGCCCAGUGGAACACCAACCGGGCCGUGGUGAUCACACAGUACAUACCAAGCUUAGACUCAGCGACCAUACCGGAAAUAUUUAAACCCUCGACGCGACAUCUUAAUAAAAUUGACAUUUACAAGAUGUCCGUCACAGAAAAGAAUGAUACAAAACAGUUGCUCAUAGAUAAAAUAAGAGCGAAAAACAUUAAAACUAAAAUAGAAGUCGCUGAUGACUUCGACUACGUAGACGUUAAAGUGAACAAAAAGACGAUCGAGCUGUUCGUCGAGUUGGCCCAGUGGUCUGAUCUGAUAGUCUUUGACUAUCUGACAGCUAAUCUGGAUAGAAUAGUUAACAAUCUAUUCAAUUACCAGUGGAAUAUCAACAUAAUGGAUGGACCAGCUCACAACCUGGCGAGGAAGAUGGAUAGCGGACUUCUUCUGUUCCUUGACAAUGAAUCCGGCCUUCUCCACGGAUAUAGGCUGCUGAAGAAGUACAACACCUAUCACAGUCUCAUGCUGGAUAAUCUGUGCGUGUUCAGGAAGAGCACCGUAGACGCUUUGAAGGUCAUGCACAGAUUACCCAUAGGCAAGAAGCUGAGCGAGGUGUUCCACCAGAAAAACAGUGCUGUGAUCAGAGACAUACUGCCGCCGUUACCGGAGAAGAACGCUAAGAUACUUCACGAGCGGUUAGGAAAGGUCCUAGCUCAGGUCGAUAAAUGUGAACAAAGUUUUGGUAAACAUUAGUAUAGUUAUGAACAAAGUGAUAUCCUUGUAAUCGUACGUUAUAUAAUACAUUUGCGACCAAAAAUGUACAUUAUGUAUAAACGACAUUUCUCGGUCGAAUCCAUUUUUUGUAAAUAUUUCAUAUUUAUUUUUUAGGGCGCGAUGAAAGCAUUUUCGAUACCAAAUAAUAUAACUUAUGAAGUGCCAGUAUGUAAAUCACUAUUAUUUAUGUCUGUGUCGGAACUGUGACAAACACACAAUGAAUAUCCUAAAUAUAUAUAUAAUAAGUCUGCUUCAUUAUCUUUAUUAUCCAAUGUACUUCGAUCAAACGACUUCACAUCACUUGUGUACCCUAAAACGUUUGUACUGUCUACUCGACUGUGUAAAAGCGAGUACUGUGUUUCACACAUCACGGUUCCCAGUCAACGGUGGCGAGCUUUAAUAUAUGUAAAUAAAUGUAAAAAAUAUAUUAUAAUAAAUAAAACU